CUGUGACCCGGCGCCGCAGCCCGGGAGCCCGCGGGGAGGCGCACGCGGAGCGGAGCCCGGAGGGCAGCUGGCGGGCCUGACGCACCGGCGGGAGCUCCGGGUCUAGCCCACAGCCGGAGUGGACGCCGCGGCUCCCUGCGCCCGCCCGGGGAGGACAGCCACCGGGUCACCCCCUGCCACCCGAUGGCGAGGCUGCGGGACUGCCUGCCCCGCCUGAUGGUCACGAUCCGGUCGCUGCUCUUCUGGUCCCUGGUCUACUGCUACUGCGGGCUCUGCGCCUCCGUCUACCUGCUCAAACUUUUGUGGAGCAUCGGCAAGGGACCUGCGCAAACCUUCCGGCGGGUGGCCAGGGAGCAGCCCCCGGCGUGCUUGAACGACCCCUCUUUGGGUACCCACUGCUACGUGCGGAUCAAGGAUUCAGGAUUAAGGUUUCAUUAUGUUGCUGCUGGAGAAAGAGGCAAACCACUUAUGUUGCUGCUUCAUGGAUUUCCAGAGUUCUGGUAUUCUUGGCGUCACCAACUAAGAGAAUUUAAAAGUGAAUAUCGAGUUGUAGCACUGGAUUUGAGAGGCUAUGGAGAAACAGAUGCUCCUACUCACCGAGAAAAUUAUAAAUUGGAUUGUCUAAUUACAGAUAUAAAGGAUAUUUUAGACUCUUUAGGUUAUAGCAAAUGUGUUCUUAUUGGCCAUGACUGGGGGGGCAUGAUUGCUUGGCUAAUUGCUAUCUGUUACCCUGAGAUGGUAAUGAAGCUUAUUGUUAUUAACUUCCCUCAUCCAAAUGUGUUUACAGAAUAUAUUUUACGACACCCUAUCCAGCUAUUCAAAUCCAGCUAUUAUUACUUCUUCCAAAUACCAUGGUUCCCAGAAUUUAUGUUCUCAAUAAAUGAUUUCAAGGCAUUGAAGCAUCUGUUUACCAGUCACAGUACUGGUUUUGGGAAAAAAGGAUGUCGAUUAACAACAGAAGAUCUUGAAGCUUAUAUUUAUAUCUUUUCCCAACCUGGAGCAUUAAGUGGUCCAAUAAACCAUUACCGAAAUAUCUUCAGCUGCCUGCCUCUCAAACAUCACAUGGUGACCACUCCAACACUAUUACUAUGGGGAGAGAAAGAUGCAUUUAUGGAGGUUGAGAUGGCUGAAGUCACAAAGAUUUAUGUUAAAAACUAUUUUAGGCUAACUAUUUUGUCAGAAACCAGUCAUUGGCUUCAGCAAGAACAACCUGACAUAGUGAACAAACUGAUAUGGACAUUUCUGAAAGAAGAAACAAGAAAACGAAAUUGACUUUUCUAUAGCUUCUGCGAGGGGUCUGUAAUGAAAUCUCUGAUUUUCUAAAAUUGUAAAUCAACUUCUUUAAGCUUUAUUAGUAAAAAAAAAAAAGUUUUAAUAUCAUAGAUAAUUAUCCUGAAAAUGAUAUUGGGAAAAAUCUGAGAAUGUAUGAAUAUGUAAAAAGUAUUGCUUUUCUUCUGUUGUAUUUUGCACAGAAAAACAUCUGCCUUAAGAUGUAAACAGUUCUAUAAAAAAGGA